GCCGCUAAGGUCGAUGACGGGUGAGCUUCAAAACGUCGAGAGAGCGCAAGAGGAAGGUGAGGCGGGACUCCAGGAAGGGCACGAGCCUCGUUCUAACCCCGCCUUUCCGCCCCUUCACACUAGCCUCACAGGGAGCACGGUAGCGCACUCACCGGAGAACAGCAAACCCCUCUCGAAAUGGAGCUCGUUGGUGGAGCACAUUCAGCAUAUACUACCUCGGAAAAAAUACCACACACCCAUUGUGACCGCCAGGUUGAACGACUUUCCGAAAGGAUACCCGAACGUUGCUGCGUUCCUCGAUAGUGACGACGGAUUCACCAUUUACAGACGCUUCGGGUAUCUCCAAGCGCGUUUGCUCAUGCAAAAACAGGAAGAGCUACGGCUGCUGGAAGAAGAACUCUAUGAUCUUGAGUGCCGAAUGAUCAACGAAGACGAGAACCGCCUAUGCUGGCGGGACGUCCGAGGACAAGACGCUGAGAGACACCGAGAUUUGAUGAAAAAGAUCGAAUUGACGUUUUGCUCGUACGCAAAAAUCCUAACUGCGGCUCAGAAGAUGAAGGCAUUUAUCAAGCCCUCGGAUGACGAAUGUGAGAGCGUCGGCAGAUACUUAAACAAUCGCACGGCCAUCGACGAAGAAGAGGCGUCUUGGAUCCACCACAGGGAGGACCUGGUCACUAUACGAGCGGGCCGAGAGCAUGCCUGGCUUGAUAGCAUCGUCGAGGGAUUUCUCAAGACAUGCCAUUGCGGCCCGAUCGACCUCCUGUUUCGUUCGAAGGAGACGCGUAAGAAGACCAAAAUUGACCAAGGUAAAAUCAUGCCGGCAAGACCGCCGAACAACAUCGACCAGUACGAGAUAUACUACACGCCGUCUCGCAUCGCCAUUCUCACCAAUGGCAUACUCACGAUUUCGAUACUCACGCUCCUGGUCCUCCCGAUUUAUCUGUUGUACCGCAUGGUUCACGACUCUGGCGUCGAAAAGUCAUACAUGCAAUGCAUGGGCACACUCAUCGUUUUCACGCUGGCGUUCUCAUGCAUACUUUCCUUAUUCACGAAAGCACGCCGACAUGAGAUUCUUGCGGCGGCAGCAGGCUAUUGUGCAGUUCUGGUGGUUUUCUUCGGAAACAUUGACAGCUAAGCGACGUAAAAUGAUCAUGGAAGAUGACGAUUGAGAAACUGGGUCAGAAUGCAGACUGUGUCAACGAGAAGAACGAUUGAAAAUGCUUCACGGCUGUGACCAGAUGAGGGUAAUGCGACAUAGGGCAUUCUGAUCUUCGUAGAAGUAG